GUGCGGCGGAGGCGGCCGCCCCUGGCGGCGGGUUUGUUUAUCCCGGAAAAGAAGUUUAGGAAAAGGCGCUGGAUAGGGAAGGAGGGCGGACCGGGCAGAGGAGGGAUGCGGGUCGGCAGAGGCGGCCGCCACAGCGACUCGCCGCCAUCGCCCCUGCCGCUUCAGCCGCCGCAGCCUCGGCUCCUGGGGCCGCCGCGGCCCCCGCCGCCUCCGCCGCCCCGGGAGAGGAGCCGUCGCUGGGACUGCUCGCCGCCGCCCCGCGUGUCCGGGUGCAAUACUCAACUGUGAGAUAUUAUAUAAAUCCCCAAAAAAAAUUAGAAUAAAAAUAAAAGUGGCAAUGUCUCGAGAACCAACCCCACCUCUGCCUGGAGAAAUGUCUACUGGUCCAAUAGCAGAAAGCUGGUGUUACACACAGGUUAAAGUAGUAAAAUUUUCCUACAUGUGGACCAUUAAUAACUUCAGUUUUUGUCGGGAAGAAAUGGGUGAAGUGUUAAAAAGUUCAACAUUCUCAUCUGGCCCAAAUGACAAAAUGAAAUGGUGCCUGAGGGUAAAUCCAAAGGGAUUAGAUGAUGAAAGUAAAGACUACUUGUCCUUAUAUUUGCUUUUAGUCAGCUGCCCCAAAAGUGAAGUUCGAGCAAAAUUCAAAUUUUCCCUUCUGAACGCUAAAAGGGAAGAAACAAAAGCAAUGGAAAGCCAAAGAGCAUAUCGAUUUGUGCAAGGGAAGGACUGGGGGUUUAAAAAAUUCAUUAGAAGGGAUUUUUUGCUCGAUGAAGCCAAUGGUCUUUUACCAGAUGACAAGCUUACAUUAUUUUGUGAGGUGAGUGUGGUCCAAGAUUCAGUAAACAUAUCAGGACAUACUAAUACAAACACGUUAAGGGUGCCUGAAUGUCGACUGGCAGAAGAUUUAGGUAAUCUCUGGGAAAACACAAGAUUUACGGAUUGCAGUUUUUUUGUGAGAGGACAAGAAUUUAAAGCUCAUAAAUCAGUACUUGCAGCUCGAUCCCCAGUUUUUAAUGCAAUGUUUGAACAUGAAAUGGAAGAAAGCAAAAAGAAUCGAGUGGAAAUAAGUGAUGUAGAUCCUGAGGUUUUUAAAGAAAUGAUGAGAUUUGUUUACACGGGGAAAGCACCAAAUCUUGAUAAAAUGGCUGAUAACUUGUUGGCAGCGGCAGACAAAUAUGCACUGGAACGGCUGAAGGUCAUGUGCGAAGAAGCAUUGUGUAGUAACCUCACUGUAGAAAAUGUUGCUGAUACCCUUGUCCUUGCAGAUUUGCACAGUGCAGAACAGCUGAAAGCACAAGCCAUAGACUUUAUUAAUAGGUGCAGUGUACUUCGACAACUUGGGUGUAAAGAUGGGAAAAACUGGAACAGCAACCAAGCAACUGACAUAAUGGAAACAUCAGGGUGGAAGUCCAUGAUUCAGUCGCACCCACACCUGGUAGCAGAAGCCUUCCGAGCACUCGCCUCUGCACAGUGUCCACAAUUUGGCAUUCCUCGCAAACGGCUAAAACAGUCAUGAAAUCUUCAUGAACAGUAAAAAAAAAACCAAACAAACAUGGAAUUGACCUUUACUCCUCCAGGUCCAGAAGGAUGCGAGUACACAAACCAUAAGCAAGAGUUGUAUCUGUUUUCUAGUCCUCAGAAAGAAAGUGUGAAAAGCAUAUUGCUUGCAUUUCAGGUGGAUAAUUUAUGGUUUAUUCUUCAGCUUUAAAUUAGACUGAUUAAUUCACUUCAAGGCCUUAAAUUAUCUUCAGUGACUUCUCUUCAUAAAAUACAUUGUUGUUUUUAUUUUGUUUUGUUUUUUAUUGUGCCUUGUCAUUUUGACCAGGCUAUGCAGGAUUGCACUAGCUCCAUAAUGCAGUAAUGCUGAUAACUGAAGAUACUAAGUCUCAAAAGGAUCUUCCAUUAUCUUGAGAAAAAAAAAGAAGUUUGAGGUUUUUUCCUAUGCUGUCUCAAAGUUUAAAUGUAGGUUCUCCUUAAGAGCACUUCUAUUGGAGAUGACCGGUUACGUCUCCAUUCUAAGCUCUAGAAAUGUAGAAGAACCUGCUUACCUUCAAGGUGAGUUAUGGCAAUACACUGCUCCAAUUCUCAUCCACCUUUCAUUUCAGGGGGGCAAAUAGGCAAUGAGUUGGUCCAGACUUUUAGUAAAAUUUGUGGUGUUUGUCUGUAUGCUAACUAUUCAACAAAAUGUGGCUUUAUCCAAAGUUACAAUGAUUGAGAACUGAUUGCGCCUAAGAUUUCAAUAAGUAAACAUGUUUUCCACAGUUUUUUUUCAUUUACAGUAACUUGCAUUUAUAUGAAGAAUUCUGUAUAUGUUAAAAGGAUGACCAAAUGUAAAUUUAAUGAGUGGGCCAAUUAAGAAAGAUAUAUGCACUUUUAACGUGUAACUUUUGUAUGCUGAAUGGUACACAUUUUUUCCUGCUUUUGAGGGAAUUAAUAAGGUAUAAUUAAUUUUGUCUUAACUUUUGGAAUACUUUUUUAAGACAGAUGGAAGCAACUGGGGUGUUUGUGAUAAUAUAUAAGAAGGGUCUCCUUGAUUGUAGUUAAAUUGGUUUGGAUUUCAGAUAUUCAUUACCGAAUUUAUUCCUGUUGUGUUUUUUUUUUUACACUUCUGAAAAGGCACCUGAACAAUAAACAAAUUCUGAACAGUAUACUCUCCUUCAAACAGUGAGCUGAUACUGUGUUCCUGUGCAAGUGCAUGCAGAGCAGAAAGCUGUCAGGCUGUUUCACAUUACACUAUGAAACUUUUUUUCUCUGUUUUCUCCUUUGUGUUUCAGUUACUGUACUAACAUUGUGGAUGGUGUUGAAAUUCUGCAUAAUGUGAACAGGAUAAACUAUUUAUAAACUGC